AUGGGGGCAAACACCUCCAGCAAGUCACCGCCCUUUGAUGGGAAUGAGGAUGUUACCUUCGACCAUUUUGAGAUUUUGCGAGCUAUUGGGAAGGGCAGCUUUGGAAAAGUCUGUGUGGUGCAAAAGACUGACACCAAGAAGAUGUACGCCAUGAAAUACAUGAACAAACAGAAGUGUGUGGAGCGUAAUGAAGUGAGAAAUGUUUUCAAGGAGCUGCAGAUUAUGCAGGGCCUGGAACACCCAUUCUUGGUUAAUCUGUGGUACUCAUUCCAGGACGAGGAGGAUAUGUUCAUGGUGGUCGACCUGCUGCUUGGAGGGGACCUGCGCUACCAUCUCCAACAAAAUGUGCGGUUCCGAGAGGGAACUGUGAGACUCUUCAUCUGUGAGCUGGUGCUGGCCCUUGACUACUUGCAGAGCAGGCACAUCAUCCACAGAGAUAUCAAGCCUGACAACAUUCUACUGGAUGAGCAGGGACACGUGCACAUCACUGAUUUCAAUAUCGCCACGAUGCUGACCAAGGACAGCCCUGUCACCACCAUCGCUGGCACAAAGCCCUACAUGGCACCUGAAAUGUUUAGCUCCACAAAACCCACCAGCUACUCCUUCGCCGUGGACUGGUGGUCGCUGGGAGUCACUGCCUAUGAGCUGCUCAGAAGCCGGAGGCCGUACCACAUUCGGGCCAGCAGCUCCUCGAGCGAAAUCGCGCACGUGUUGAAGACGGCUGCGGUGAUGUACCCGGCCGCGUGGUCCCCGGGCGUGGUGGAGCUGAUCAGGAAGUUGCUGGAGCUGAACCCUGAGAAACGUUUUUCUCAGCUGAAGGACAUCCAGUCCUUCCCGUAUCUGUCUGAUGUGAACUGGGAUGCUGUUCUCCAGAAAAGAAUAAUACCAGAAUUCAUUCCCAUGAAAGGCAGACUGAACUGUGACCCAGCCUUUGAACUGGAAGAAAUGAUCCUGGAAUCCAAACCACUUCACAAAAAAAAAAAGCGCUUGGCUAAGAAGGAGAAAGACACAAGCAAAAGCAAUUCAUCCCAGGCCAGCCGCUUCCAGAAGCACCUGGAAAUGCUCCAGAGGGACUUCAUUGUUUUCAACAGAGAAAAGUAA